UAUAAGCAGCCCCACCACCGCGUCCUCUCCGUUCGUCCUCAGUGCAGGAUAACGCUGUUACACGCUAAUAUCAGACCAAGUCUGAAUUAUACCCCCUCAUAACAUCUUCCAGUCGACGGAAGGACCUCAGCUGCAAAACCUCGAUCAGUGUCAAACGCGUCGUUAAGACAAUCGUCGGUGCUGAUAAUGGAUGUGAUCGUACGUCGCUGUCCUUUCCUGGCUCGUGUGCCUCAGGCCUUCAUGCAGCAGCCCAGAUCAUCUCUGGCCAUCUAUGCCCAAAAAUGCCCCCUAAUGAUGGAGUUGGCUUCCAAACCAAUGAUGCCAUCACUGGCACGUGCCCUCUGUUCAUCUUCUUCGCAUCAGAAGACUGAUAAUCCUGCAACUACCAGUGAAGGUGAAACCACUCUGCCAGUUGGUCACCCCUCUGGCCAGGUGGUGGGCUCUAAAUGCCCAUUCCUGGCGGCAGAAAUGGGCCAGAAAAACAGCAGCGUGGUGCGCCAGGUUGGAAUGGAGUUCCAAGAGGAUGUGCAGGAAGUUAGAACCGUGCAAAAAGAAGUCCCUCAGGUUAACAAGUCAGCCACACCCAGCACUGGAUUGGAUGCCUCAAAACUGAUGAAGACCUUGAUGACACAGCGUCCCAAAAUGGUCUCCCACCUGAUCCAGGACAACUUCCCUGGCCGCUCUCCUCGCUUCCAAUAUGAUGAGUUUUUCGAGAAGAAAAUUGACGAGAAGCGAAAUGACCACACGUACCGUGUUUUUAAAACCGUAAACCGCCGUGCCAACGAGUUCCCCAUGGCAGAUGACUUCACCACGUCUUUGGAUGAGAAAAGAGACGUUUCUGUGUGGUGCAGCAACGACUACCUGGGGAUGAGCCGUCACCCUCUGGUCAAGCAAACAAUUAUGGAGACUUUGCAAAAGCAUGGAUCCGGGGCAGGAGGCACCAGGAACAUCUCUGGAACCAGCAAGUUUCACGUGGAGCUGGAACAGGAACUUGCAGACCUUCACAACAAGGACGCCGCGCUGCUCUUCACUUCCUGCUUUGUUGCCAAUGACUCCACCCUUUUCACUCUCGCCAAGAUGCUGCCUGGUUGCGAGAUCUACUCUGAUGCAGGAAACCACGCCUCCAUGAUUCAGGGGAUCAGAAACAGUGGUGCUAAGAAAUUUAUAUUUCGCCACAAUGACACUUCUCACCUUCGAGAGAUGCUGGCGAAGGGUGAUCCCAACAAACCAAAAAUUGUGGCCUUUGAGACAGUUCAUUCCAUGGAUGGUGCUGUGUGUCCGCUAGAGGAGAUGUGUGACAUCGCUCAUGAAUUUGGCGCCAUUACAUUUGUUGAUGAGGUCCAUGCUGUGGGCCUCUAUGGUGCCAGAGGCGGUGGAAUUGGUGACCGGGACGGAAUCAUGCAUAAGAUGGAUAUCAUCUCUGGGACCUUGGGGAAGGCGUUUGGAUGUGUGGGCGGCUACAUAGCGAGCACGUCCGCUCUGGUGGACACGGUGCGCUCCUACGCCGCAGGGUUCAUCUUCACCACGUCGCUGCCUCCAAUGCUGUUAGCCGGAGCCAGACAGUCCAUCCAGGUCCUGAAGGGAGAAGAAGGCCGGGCGCUCAGACGCAAGCAUCAGCGCAACGUUAAGCUGCUGAGGCAGAUGCUGAUGGACUCUGGGCUGCCUGUGGUGCACUGCCCCAGCCACAUCAUUCCUGUUCGGGUGUCGGACGCCGCAAAAAACACCGAGGUGUGUGACAUCAUGAUGAGCCGCCACAACGUCUACGUGCAGGCCAUCAAUUACCCCACUGUGGCCAGAGGUGAAGAGCUCCUGCGUAUUGCACCAACUCCUCACCACACCCCAGAGAUGAUGAAGUACUUCGUUGAGCGUCUGGUGGCCACAUGGAAGGAGGUGGGUCUGGAGCUGAAGCCGCACUCGUCGGCCGAGUGCACCUUCUGUCAGCAGCCGCUGCACUUCGAGGUGAUGAGCGACCGCGAGAAGUCGUACUUCAGCGGCCUCAGCCACCAGAUCUCCGCCCGCGCUUAGAGCAGAGAGCACAUGUAACUUGUACCCCAUUCCUCUGUCACUGUCGGAGAAUGUACUAUCUUUGAUAAGUCUGAAAACAUUAUUUAAAAAUAUAACACCUAAAGUUCUAUAUGCUCAAAAUAAAUUCUUAAAGAAAA